AGGAGAGAUCUGCGGCGACUGCGCCUCCGAUCAGUCCGCCUCCACAUGGCUCUCUGGCGUUAUUGUGAAUUUCACAUCACUGCUCUUCGCACAACAUGACGGCACUCUCUGGCCUGGUUUCAACUUGGCAGAUUGUUUGACACGUUGAUUUUUUUAUUUUUUUUUAUCUUAUAUUUCAUCUUUUAAAAGUUGAAGCUGAUUUCCAAACAGAAUCAGGGAACAAUUGCUUGUGGGUGCUUGAAGACGUUUGAGCACAGGAUCGGUGACCUUAGAGGUAAAACACGUCCCUUUGCUGAAGGAGACGACAGGAGCAGUCAUGCUGGGCGGAGAGGGAGAAAGCAGCGCGUAUUCAUCUGCGAAAGAUGCAGCGGACAAUAAGCGCGCCUCUCCAGCCGUGGAUGGAGAUGAGCCGGCGGGCAACAGGUAUCCGGAACACGGCCCGAACUCUGAUCGCUUCUACAUCCCACCUACGAUUUCCAAGCAGAGCCCAGAAGCAGCGAACCCUUGUUCCUUUAUCCCCUACACCCCCAGCGGGGCCGUAUACCCCCCGUCCGGCGCGGCCAGGUAUUCUUCAUCGCUCCACCUGGGCUCCGUGUUGCCACCGGCGGGGUACUCCCCCUCAGCCGCCGGGCGUAGCCACUUCAGCGCCUCCUACCAGCACGGACAGAACCUUGGCUGUAUUUAUAAUCCUUACACCGUUUCGGGUUCCGCUCUGAGCAACGUCGCCCCGCCGGGGACCGGGCCCGGGAUGAGGGCCCAGGUUUACCUCUGCAAUCGGCCGCUGUGGCUCAAGUUCCACCGACACCAGACCGAGAUGAUCAUCACCAAGCAGGGCAGGCGGAUGUUCCCUUUUCUCAGUUUUAACAUCGCUGGUUUGAACGUCUCAGCGCAUUAUAACGUGUUUGUUGAGGUGGUACUGGCAGAUCCAAACCACUGGAGGUUCCAGGGAGGCAAAUGGGUCACCUGUGGAAAGGCGGACAACAACAACCAAGGUAACAAAGUCUACAUCCACCCUGAGUCACCUAACACCGGGGCCCACUGGAUGAGACAAGAGAUCUCCUUCAGCAAACUGAAGCUCACCAACAACAAGGGGACCAGCCACAACACAUCACAAAUGGUUGUUUUGCAAUCGCUUCAUAAGUACCAGCCCCGGCUGCACAUUGUGGAAGUGACGGAGGAUGGAGUGGAGGACAUCAACAGUGACGUAAAGACCCAGUGUUUCACGUUUCCAGAGUCCCAGUUUAUAGCAGUCACUGCCUACCAGAACACUGAUAUUACACAGUUGAAAAUUGACCAUAACCCUUUUGCCAAAGGUUUCAGAGAUAACUAUGAUUCAAUGUACACAACUCCAGACAAUGACCGCCUCACCCCGUCUCCAACCGACUCUCACCGUGCCCACCAGAUUGUGCCUGGCACCCGCUACACCAUGCAGCCCCUCUUUCAGGACCAGCUCGUCAACAACCUCCCCCAGAACCGCUUCUACAACUGUGAGAGAGCUGUCCCGCAAACCAGCAGCCUCCUCUCACCUCAGACAGAAGACGGGGUGUCACAGAGGUGGUUUGUCACCUCUAUGCAGCAGGGGGUUAACAGCAGCACCUCCAGUAGCAAGCUCGAGCUGACGCCUUAUGAGGGGGAGUACUCGAGCUCUCUCCUUCCUUACGGCAUCAAAUCCCUUUCCAUGCAGACCACCCAUGCUCUCAGCUACUACCCGGACUCUCCAUUCACCACAAUGACAGCAGGGUGGGGGUCAAGAGCAGCUUACCAAAGAAAAGUCCCUCCCAGUCUGCCAUGGUCGCCCCGGCCCAGCCCUACUGCUGGUUUCCCAGAAGAGUCUGUAAAGGUUAAACCACAGAUACAAGAUGAGGUGAGUGGUAGUGACGCUCUGAUUAGCUCCUGGACAGAGACUCAGUCGUCAGUCCUCUCCCCGAGCAAGGCUGACUCAUUUUCCAUUGCCUGCAAGCAGAGGCAUUUGUCUCUUAAUGGCCCAAGCACAGAAGACUCACCUGCAAACAGCAAGUGUGAAGAGUUAGCUGCCGCUAUCAUCAGUAGCCCCUAUAGUAAAGAGCCCCCAGCAACAAAAAGCAUGUCUUACUAUCCCUUUUACACAAACCCCUGAUUUCAUGUUUCCCUUUUCGUUAAACUUUAAAAACAAGGGCCUCAAUUUGUUUGGUAUUCACCUACGACAGUAAUUAAGACAUAACAUUUGGCCUUUAGCUGUGAUAAACAUCUAAUUUCCUUUGUCGUUUAAGUGAAAUUAUCAAGCAAAUGUACAAUGAAUGACCAGAAUACUCAAAUGAGCUUUACCAUCCAGAAUAUGGGGUCAUUCAAUCUUUUGUUGGCCUGAAUUAUUUCCGGACUAAAUACUUUAAAAUGCCCCGACAAGGUCUGUGUGUUUGGAAUGUAGUGCUAAAGCAUGUGAAUAAUGUAACCAUUUUCUUUUUCUAAAAAAAGAAAGAAAAAGAAAUGCUAUUUUGUUGCAUACAUAACUGCAUCUACCUAUGUGGUCAGAUUAUGUGUUUUCAGAUUAUUUAUUGAAGGUCUGUUUAUAUGAAAUGUGUGCACUGCUAAAAUGUCAGAAUAAGAUGCUAUAUAUUGCUUCAAAGUUCAGAUAUUUGAUAAUAAAAAGCAUAUGUGUUCUAUUGUG